GAUGGUCCACGUGUUCAGUCACGGUCUGACGAAGAUGGCUCACAUGUCCAGUCACGAGCUGGGGGAGAUGGCUCACGGGUCCAGUCACCAGCUGCAGAAGAUGGCUCACAUGUCCAGUCACGAGCUGGGGGAGAUGGCUCACGUGUUGACUCACGGUUUGAGAAAGGUGGCUUACGUAUCCAGUCACCAGCUGCAGAGGAUGGCUCACGCAUUCAGUCACCAGAUGCAGAGGAUGACUCACGUGCCCAAUCACGUGCUAGCGAAGAUGGCAUACGUGUCCAGUCGCGAUCUGAAGAAGGUGGCUCACGUCUCCAGUCACAAGCUGGAGAAGAUGGCGGCUCACGUGUUCCUUCACGUAAUGGGAAAGAUGAUUCGCCUGGCCCGCCCGAGUCUGGGGGAGACAUAUCACGUGCUCCGUCUCAAUCUGAGGGAGAUGUUUCACGUGUGCAGUCACGAUAUGGGGAGGAUGGCUCACGCGUCCAGUCACCAGCUACAGAAGAUGGUUCACGUGUCCAGUCACGAGCUGGGGAAGAUGGCUCACGUGUUCAGUCACGAUCUGGAGAAGAUCGCUCACGCAUCCAGUCACGAGGUGCAGAAGAUCGCUCACGUGUCGAGUCACGAGCUGGGGAAGAUGGCUCACGUGUUCAGUCACGGUCUGGGGAAGAUGGCUCACGGGUCCAGUCACCAGCUGCAGAAGAUGGCUCACGUGUUCAGUCACGGUCUGGGGAAGAUGGCUCACGGGUCCAGUCACCAGCUGCAGAAGAUGGCUCACGUGACCAGUCACGAGCUGGGGAAGAUGGCUCACGUGUUCAGUCACGGUCUGGGGAAGAUGGCUCAUGGGUCCAGUCACCAGCUGCAGAAGAUGGCUCACGUGUUCAGUCACGGUCUGGGGAAGAUCACUCACGUAUCCAGUCACGAGAUGCAGAAGAUCGCUCACGUGUCCAGUCACGAGCUGCGGAAGAUGGCUCACGUGUUCAGUCACGGUCUGGGGAAGAUGGCUCACGUGUCCAGUCAUCAGCUGCAGAAGAUGGCUCACGUGUUCAGUCACCAUCUGGUGAAGAUGGCUCACGUGUCCAGUCACGUGCAAGGAAAGACGGCUUACGUGUCCAGUCACCGGCUGCAGACGAUGGCUCACGUAUUCAGUCACGGUCGGGCGAAGACGGCUCACGUGUCCAGUCACGAGCAAAGCAAGGUGGCUCACGUGUUCAUUCGCGAUCUGGGGAGGAUGGCUUGCAUGCUCAGUCACCAGCUGCAGAUGAUGGGUCACGUGUCCAGUCACGUGCAAGGGAAGAUGGCUCACGUGUCCAGUCACCAGGUGCAGAAGAUGGCUCACGUAUUCAGUCACCGUCGGGUGAAUAUGGUUCACGUGCCCAGUCACAAGCUGUGGAGGACAGCUCGCGAGUCCAGUCACAAGCUAGGGAUGAUGAUUCACAUGUUCAAUCACGAUCUGAUAGAGACUUCUCGCAAGCCCCAUUACCAGAUGGGGAAGAUGGCUCACGUGUUCAGUCGCGAUCAGAGGCAGGUAACUCGCAUGUUCCGUCAAGAGCUGAAGUGGAACAUGAUCGGGCUAGCUCAGCCACUAAAAGACCACUGAACUUUGUAUCAGAACUGGAUGGUCAGGCUGUUGUGCACUCGGCUGGGGCCGUACAGACUUAUUACGGACGGCUCAAAAAGCGAGAACAUACUGGUCUAGAUAAGUCACCUCUCUUGGAUACCCCAGAUCAGCUGCAAGUAGUUACGGGCAGUCCAAAUGUGCCAGUCGAUGCAGCAAAUGAAAACGUAGCCGUUGCUGUGCAUAAGGACCUGGGCAUUCCAGUGGCAAACAACAUUGGAACCACUUUAGAACCCAGAGAGCAAACACUGACGCCGGCCAUAGAAAGUGAACAUGCCACAUCUCCACUUAGCAGUCAACCGGCACUGGAGACCGAGGCAGAGCCCGGGCAUGCUUAUGAAGAGGGUCGAGCGGGCAGCUCCAGCAACGCUCUGGCAGAGUCCUCUGCCGGGCCAGGCGACGCCACGGAGGUGGACGAAGUUGACGCGCGCUCGCAGCAUUCUGAGGACAACUACGACCCGCUGGCGGUGACUCAGUCGGUGGUGCUGCCUGAAGGGCUGGCAGAAGGGAGCCAAUCAACGCUCUUGGAGAAGCCCAGCACGCCCUUCCCGCAGACGGACGAGAGAGAGGGCAGUAGCGUGGAGUCCGCAGUCAACGCCAGGCGAGCGAACGGGGAGGAGGAUAGUGAUGAGUAUGGAGAGGUCGACGGCGUCAUGAAGGCGGCAGAUGAUAGUGACAUGGGGGAAGCACAUGUCCUAAAUGAAGGAAAGGAACUAGUUGUCGGAGACGCCGACGAUAAACAAAGCAGCAAGUUCCGGACGCAAGAUGAUAAACCAGCUGAUGAGAAUGAUGUCAUUCGUGAGGCGAAGUCCAGUCGGGCUCGAGAUGAAAUCAACGCGAGUUUUCUUGGGGACAAAGACAAGCAAGAGAGCACGUCCGUAAUGAAUGACACCAGCCCGAGAGAUAUAGAACAAGACACGGGAAGCCCUGGUACUUGGUAUAGCCGGGCUCAGAACAACAUCAAAGGACUUUUUGUGGCAAGCGAUGAUGGGAAACAGGAGAGAAAUUCAUAUAUACAAGAAGACGAUGUUGACAAGGAAGAUCAGACUGAAAAUAAGAACGACGAAAAGUCUGAUGCUAGUUCAACCCAUACCCUGGGCGAAAUUACAAGAGUCUCUACGUCAAGGGACGGCGACGAAAAAGAGGAAGGCAAUACGCAGGCUCAAGAAGACAGCCAAGAGCGUGAAAACACCAGCGAGGAAGGUGGAACGUCUGGCAACUGGCUCAGCUGGGCUCGCGAUGAGGUCAAAGGAGUGUUUGUCGGAGAUGAACAAAGCCAAGAGGAAGAAAAUUCCACGACAAAGGAUGAAACCCAUGAAGAAAAAGACGGAAAGAGUGAUGAAGAAGGGUCGGAUAGCUGGUUCAGUCGUGCUAAAGAGGGAGUAAAAGACAUGUUUGUCCCUGAAGAUGCGAAGCAGGAUGCUGCACAAGCGCAGGGCAGCAAUCCAGAAGUUGAAAAUGAAAACGAUGAGGAGGGAAAGUCAGGAAAUUGGUUAAGUCAUGUCGGACAGGAAAUUAAAGGAGUGUUUGUCGGUGACGAUGAAGUGAAAGAGGAAGGCAACACCCAGGCUCAGGAAGACAACCAAGAGCAUGAAAACACCAACGAGGAAGGUGAAACGUCUGGCAACUGGCUCAGCAGGGCUCGCGAUGAGGUCAAAGGAAUUUUUGUCGGAGAUGAACAAACCCAGGAGGAAGAAAACUCCACGACAAAGGAUGAAACCCAUGAAGAAAAAGACGGAAAGAGUGAUGAAGAAGGGUCGGAUAAUUGGUUCAGUCGUGCUAAAGAGGGAGUAAAAGAUAUGUUUGUCCCUGAAGACGCGAAACAAGAUGCUGCGCAAGCGCAGGGCAGCAAUCCAGAAGUUGAAAACGAAAACGAUGAGGAAGGAAAGUCAGGAAAUUGGUUAAGUCAUGUCGGACAGGAAAUUAAAGGAGUGUUUGUCGGUGACGAUGAAGUGAAAGAGGAAGGCAACACCCAGGCCCAAGAAGACGACCAAGAGCGUGAAGACACCAACGAGGAAGGUGAAACGUCUGGCAACUGGCUCAGCAGGGCUCGCGAUGAGGUCAAAGGAGUUUUUGUCGGCGAUGAACAAACCCAGGAGGAAGAAAACUCCACGACAAAGGAUGAAACCCAUGAAGAAAAAGACGGAAAGAGUGAUGAAGAAGGGUCGGAUAAUUGGUUCAAUCGCGCUAAAGAGGGAGUAAAAGACAUGUUUGUCCCUGAAGACGCGAAACAAGAUGCUGCGCAAGCGCAGGGCAGCAAUCCAGAAGUUGAAAACGAAAACGAUGACGAGGGAAAGUCAAGGAAUUGGUUAAGUCAUGUCGGACAGGAAAUUAAAGGAGUGUUUGUCGGUGACGAUGAAGUGAAAGAGGAAGGCAACACCCAGGCUCAGGAAGACAACCAAGAGCAUGAAAACACCAACGAGGAAGGUGAAACGUCUGGCAACUGGCUCAGCAGGGCUCGCGAUGAGGUCAAAGGAGUGUUUGUCGGUGAUGAACGAACCCAGGAGGAAGAAAACUCCACGACAAAGGAUGAAACCCAUGAAGAAAAAGACGGAAAGAGUGAUGAAGAAGGGUCGGAUAAUUGGUUCAGUCGUGCUAAGGAGGGAGUAAAAGAUAUGUUUGUCCCUGAAGAUGCGAAACAGGAUGCUGCACAAGCGCAGGGCAGCAAUACAGAAGUUGAAAACGAAAACGAUGACGGAGAGAAGUCUGGGCAUUGGUUCGGUCGUAUUGGAGAGGAAAUAAAAGGAGUCCUUGUUGGGGAUGAGGACGAUAGGCAGGAGGGUACUUCUCAAGCACAAGAGCAAAGCCAGGUGGGCCAUGUGCAAGACAAAGAGGAGGGAAAGUCAGGCAGUUGGUUUAGCCGAGCUCGUAAGGAAAUAAAGGAUAGCUUUCAGGGCCUGAAGGAAAACGUGACUGACACGUUUCGUAUCGCGGAGCACUCCACCCGACCGGCGACUGGGAAUGAUGCGCCAUCCGGCAAGGCCGUUCGGAAGUAGUCUGUGAAACUACACAACGACCAUGAGGAGAAAACACUGUUUCGUCAAGCAAAAGAUAAUCAUGUGUGUCCAGGGCAGAGGCGCAAAAUCAUAACUUUUAGAUUACCCACUGAAGCGGUGCCUCACAUCUCUAGUGAUGGGAUCGCUUAACAAAUUGUGUGGAUUGGUGUCGAAGUAAGUUGCACAUAAACGUUGAGCACCAAUGUGCGCAAAUUCGCCAGUAUAGCGCGAUAUAUGCACACGCUUGACUACUUCUGCGUGCGGUUUUGCACUUUUGCCGCCGACUGUGACGAAUACGUCAUGUGUUUGUUUGAUGGUCUGGCGGGUCUUUCAGACGAGUCACGCGUUCUGCCUCGCCAUUUUGUCUGGAGUAAAUGUGGCACAAGCGAA